AUGGAGUCGGUGUUGUUCGCUAACAUCAAGAAGCUCUUUGCCAACGAGUUAUAUUCCUGUGUAAUUCGAACUUCAAGCUUACUGAGUACUCUUUUGCAAAAUGAUCGUAAUGUCGCCACUCCCGAAAUGGAAUAUCAAGUGCUUCUCUUUAGCGCUAAUGCGCACUACCAUGAACGCAACUUCCGUGCGGCCAGCAAACAAUAUGAAGCUGCAUUGCUAAUGCGAAAAACAAUGUUGCGCGUCAAGAACACACAGCUAGUUAGCAUCGAGAUAACAUAUGAGCAGUUCGCUGAACUAGAGACGCGCUAUCGCCUCGCCAGGAGCUAUCGUGAGUUAGAUGAGGAUCAGAAGGCAAUCGUCAUACUGCAAGCACUGCCGCUGAAAUCGCGCACACCAAAAGUAAAUAUGUUAUUGGCACAUCUUUGGCAAUAUGGGCAAAAUGUCGAGAAUGCCGAAGCUAUAUCUGCUUAUAAGGAAGUGCUAGGCGAUUGCUCGAUGGCUUUAGGGGCCAUAGAAGCGCUAUUGAUGUUGGGUGUUGAUGGCAUUGAAGUGAAUUCGUUGGUGGUUAAUGCAAGUGCUUUGCCAAAGCACAUCGAUUGGCUGAGCAGCUGGAUAAAGGCACACGCUCAGUUGUACGGACGCGACCAUUUGGAGGCAUCAAAGACAUUUCAAGCGAUCAACGAUAACACAAAGUUUCACCAAAACUAUUAUCUACUUGCAUUGAUAGGCAAAACCCUCUAUUACUAUGGGCGAUACAUUCAGGCGCAACAGUAUCUGGAGACUGCCGUUAUGGUUAACCCUCACAGCACGGAAGCCAUCAUGCCUCUAGCCGUGGUCUAUGAAUACAAUCAAAAAUUUUCUCAGUUGGAUAAACUAUCUACUCACAUAAGCAACAUAAAAGAACUUAAUUCCGAUCAUUGGUUUGUUGUUGCUGAGAAUUGCUAUGCCGCAGGUCAAAUUGAGAAGGCAAUUUCAUUUGCAAAGAAAGCAAUAGAGUUAAAUGAGCGCAACGUUGAGGCACAAUUGCUACGAGGACGUAUAUGUCUACAGCUAAAACAGCGGCAAGAAGCGAUUUCGUAUUUUCGCGCUGCUCAAUGUAUAGCCGGUUAUCGAUUUGAAGUCUAUAAGGGUCUCUAUCAUUGCUAUGUAGGCAUGAAGCGUCGAGACGAGGCACAGGCUAUGUGUGCUUUAGCCGUACGUUAUUUCCGCAAUUCGCCUCGUAGUUAUGUGAUGUUUGCACGCGUGUUACUACACUCUAAUAACCCGCUUGCCAAGAAAAGCGCUAAAAAAUUCCUAGCUAAAGCGCUGGAAAUCGAUGAGCAUUAUUCGGUGGCUGUGGCGCUUAUGGCAGACGUAUGUCAGGCAAAUGGGGAGACGCAAGAAGCUAGCGCUAUGCUUAAAAAGCAAGUAAUGACCUUUCCUAAUCACUCAUACUUCAGCAUGUUGGGUGAUUUGCGCCGUACCCUAAGAGAUUUGGAUGGCGCACUUGAAUAUUAUACGAUUGCUUUGAGCAUUGAGCCUAACGACCGCCGCGCUUUGAAAGGUGUCAACGCAUUGACUCGCGGUGGUGACAAACAGGAUCAAGACACUUCGUUAAUGCUGUCUCGCAUGCGCGAUGAAGAAUGGCAAAUUGAUGAUGAAGCAGAAGAAUCGUCCUCGCAUGACGAUGAUGAUUCAGAUACGUAUUCCGAUCCUUUCUGGCAAGAUUUGGAAUCUGAAGUGAUCAAUUAAAGUUUUAAGGAGCGAGGUUUGUAGUUACCUUUUUUUUUCAUUAUGCUAAAGUAGUUAGUAGUUAUAAGCUCUGGGAGGCCUAAGGCGGAAAAACCCAUUCGUAUUAAAUACCUUGGUAAUUUAAACACAAAAUC